UCUCAAAUCACUUGUACCUGACACGAGACGCCCACAGGAAGGUCAAAGACACAUGAAGAGAGUCUUUAUAAGGGGAAGUUUGCAGUCUGCCACAAACUGAAAGCUGGACACGUCUGUCAACUUUUGCCGAGUGUACAUUUUCAAGGUGUUCAUCCUGACUGGGCGGAGUUUUUCCAGGGAAAGUGAAAGUUAGUGGAACAAGGACGCGAUCAUAGAGAUGCAGAAGGUCUCCGUCAAGAAACGAGAAAGUGCAGGGAGUGAAGCGUAUGAAGUCAUGUUGGAACCCGACAAUAAAGUGGAAGAAGACCAAGGCGGCUACAGUAAACUGCAGAAGCCAUCUGAGGACAUCUACGCCGAGGCUACUUUUGACACUGCAACCAAGAAACCAGACAAACAGGCUCAAGGUUCCAUGCAGCGUUCCCGUGUCGGAUGCUUGAUCCUGUCUCUGGUCUGCUUGGUGCUGCUGCUGGUCGUCAUCGUCCUCAUUGUCAAACUCGGAGCUGGAUCCACCGACGUCUCAGCGAGCUCAUACGUCAUGAAUCAGUGCAAGACUUGUAAGGCUCUUCAGGUGCUGCCUGAACCUCCCAAUGGAUGUCCCACCGGGUGGGUGAGGCUGGACCAGUCAUGUUUCUACCUUUCCCAGUUCCGGCUGAACUGGGAGCAGAGCCAGAGGAACUGCUCAGAAGGAGGAGGCUCAUUGGCAGUGGCCAGCAGCCGGGAAGUUCAGAAAUUUCUGAAUCAAAAGGGCAAAGGCAUGAAGUACUGGAUCGGCCUGCGACGUAAUGGGGGAACGUGGACAUGGGUCAACAACAGUGUUCUGGCACAAAGUCACUGGGGAAACAAUCUCAACGAUGGGGAUUGUGUGAUGCUUCACAGUGGCAAGCAGACGGAGAACAACUGGAUGAGUUCUUCAUGCGGGGGUCACACUUACUACAUUUGUCAGCAGCAGCUUGGACAGCUCUACCCGUUACGAGCUUAUUGAUGUGCGGUACUGAAAUGUGUCUGUAAGUGUGUGUGUUGCGCUUUAGAAUGUGAGAGCUGGAAGACUUAUCGGCCACAAUAUUAGGUACACCAACACAUUUACUCAUCGUUACAUACAGUACAGUAGAUUAUUUGACUUACAUAACAAACUGAUGCUUGCCAAGCUGCAAUCUACCAAAACAAAGAAUGAUUAUUAUCUUUUUGAUACAUUUUAAUGUGAAUCCAAAGACCCUGCUCUUAUUGAAUGCUUUUACAGUACAGGCCAAAAAUAUUGGACACACCUUCUCCUCAUUCAAUGCGCUUUCUUUAUUUUCAUGACUAUUUACAUUGUAGAUUGUCACUGAA